AUUGUGGGGAUUAUUGUCCUUUAUAUAUUCUCACGCUGCCUGUCACGGCAGGAGCCCACUCUAUUCUAUGACUUUAGUCUAUGACUAAGACAAGAGAGGGGAGCUCGAGCACGAUAGAUAUCCAUCAGCUGACGAGGAUGCCUCGAAGAUGUCUACUAUUUAGCAGCGAAAGAGGACGACGACGACGACGACGAGGAGAAACGUAGAUGUCCGGAGGGUUGUUCGGGCUCUACGGAAGUAAGAAACGAUCACAGAAGGAUGUUCUGCGCGGAGGGCAACUCGUCGUCGAAGGGCAGCUUCCUGCAGCAAAAGAAGGCCGCGCGCGAGGAUCGAGCUCACGAGAAGCGCAGGGAGGCCGCGGCCACCCUGAUCCAGGCCCAUAUUCGGGGUUGGCUGGCACGCGUCCGGUUCACCAAACGGAUACUAGAAGAGUUUGAUAAUAAUUUUCUCGAUGACAUCAGUACUGACAGCACAACAAUUGAGUUAAUACCUGCUCUUGAGGUGUACAGAAUUAUUUCUAGAUUUUUGCUAAUUUAUAAGAAAGAAAGGGAUCAAGAGAGAAUAGAAAGAGUAUGUAGAUACCUCGUGUUGACGCUCGAUUCCGAAUCUCCAAAGAUAUCCUAUGUCGGAGUGGCGUUCAACAAAGAUCACUACAUAUCAUGGAUAUCACAAAUGAAGACAAUUCUAUACCACUGCCUAUCUGGCUUGGACAGUCUGAAGCCAGAGAGAAUGUCAGACCACAAAUCUAUAUUGCUGCGACUGCAUACUCUGGUGAGUUUUACAUCACCAGGAACAUGGGCCAUACAGAAGGUGAAAGGCAUGGACCAGUUAAAAACAGGCAUGAGUCAGCUGUGUGCAAACAUAAUGGGACAUUUAGUUAACAAUGGAUUUUAUGGUACUAUGCAGGCUUUGUUAAUGAAAGGACUGGGUAGAGCAAAAAUCGCUCUGAAACCAGUUACACUUUCAGCAGCAGUCACCUUGACACUGAGACCACUGAUCUCUUCACAAAUGUCUGACAAGUUGGUGUCCUUGUUUCUAAUUAACAUCUUUAGUGUGCCAGCUUUAGUCUAUCACUUGAAUAUUUUAUCACCAGAGUGCAUUUCAUCGUUCAUAACAAACAAUCUGUUUGCAAGAAGUUUAGAGUUGUUAAAUUCCGAACAGAAUUUACGGAUUGUUUUUAACGCUCUAGAAGGCAGUUAUGCGCUUUGUUUGCUCGCUAAUUUGAUACAGUUGGCCAACAUUGAAAGAGAAGAAGUAUUGAGAGAACUCUGUUUUCCUUCUUUUACGUUUGUUGUAACAAGGAUGCUGGAAGCGUGUCAACAAUACGUAGUCGCGAAACGAAGUAAUUUGACACACUGGCAUCCUGUAUUAGGUUGGUUCGCACAAACGAUCGAUACUUCGUUACAGGAGGCGACUCCUUCAGUAAAAUUACAACUUGCUUGUCUCUGGACCGGCAGGAUCGUUACACAUUUAAUCGAGCAGCCACUGACUGAAUUUGUCGAAAAAGAGGUACCACCUCCAGUAGAGCAGCAAAGUACCUCUUCCCUGGGCGCCAAUAUUUUUCGGCGUGCCUUUCUUGAGGCUCGCACCAACAGAAACAACAGCACUAAGAAUUAUAGGAAGUUGGGUAGUCCGGACGCCACUAAGAUAGCCUUGAUCUGUUCACUGUAUCAAACUGCACUGCACACGCUCACGCAAAUGAAAAUCGAAAUAUUGACCGGACUCUGCUACCAAGGCAAAAUUCUUUAUCACAUGUGGUUAUUUCUGACUACAUUGGGACCGCACUGUGGACUAAAGGCAUUUCUAGACCUCUUGGCUGCCAACACUAAAUGCACGGCGCCCGAAUUCCAGAUGCUAAUAUUAUUCGCCGAUUGUAUGACGCAUUAUGUUACCAUUCUCGAUGACAUGGAGAUGUAUGAGCAGCAAGAUCCUUUCAAGCUCACGGACUUCAUCACUAUGUCGUAUUUCUUAAAUCAAUUCUUGUACAAAGCAGUUCUCUCUAAUUUAUUUGAUGUGAAAUCGGUGUCUAGCAAUCCCCUGUUUAUAUCGCUUUACAUUCUCUUAAUGGCGAUCUAUCGACGCGAUUGUCGUAGAACGUUCUGCCCGGAAGGUCAUUGGUUGGCUAAGGAAGUGCGAGUGUCCGGUUUCUUGGCUGAUUUGGAGAAGGGUCGACGUGGCGCGGCACUUUUACUCUCAAAAAUGCCCCAUGUCAUCCCCCAUUCCGAGCGAGUUGUAUUAUUUCGAAAGCACAUAGCCGAUGAGAAAGCAGUGAUGGGUUUAACCGAGAGUGCUUGUAACAGUCCGCCGACCACGCUCAUUGUUGUACACAGGACGCGUAUAGUAGAAGAUGGAUACAGACAAUUGGCUAUGUUGCCAUCACAAGCGUUGAAAGGCGUGAUUAGGGUACGUUUCGUGAACGAGCAAGGUUUGGCCGAGGCCGGCAUUGAUCAAGACGGAGUCUUCAAGGAGUUCUUGGAAGAGACAAUAAAGCGAGUAUUUGAUCCGUCCUUGAAUUUGUUCAGAGCUACUAGCGAGAACCGGCUCUACCCGUCUCCUACAUCUUUCAUGCAGGACAAUCACUUGCAACUCUUCGAGUUCGUCGGGCGAAUGCUUGGUAAAGCAGUGUACGAGGGCAUUGUCGUAGAUGUGCCUUUUGCGUCAUUCUUUGUCUCGCAAUUUUCCGGGCAAACGGGCGGCGCGUUGUACAGCUGGCUUGACGAGCUCGCCUCGCUGGAUCGUGAUCUCUACCGCAGUUUGACUUUGGUGAAACAUUACAAGGGUGAUAUCCGACAACUGGAGUUGACAUUCUCGCUCGAUGAGGACGUGCUCGGCAAACUGGUCACGCACGAGUUGAUCCCUGGCGGACGCACUACCGCCGUAACUAAUCAGAACAAAAUUCAGUACAUCCAUCAUAUGGCGCAUUACAGAAUGUAUCAUCAGAUCAAGGAGCAAACGACUGCCUUCAUCAAAGGAUUCCGCUCGAUCAUUAAUCCCGAGUGGCUGUCAUUGUUCUCAACGCCCGAGUUACAGAGAUUGAUUUCGGGGGAUAACGUUCCUUUGGAUUUGCGAGAUUUACGAAGGCAUACGCAGUACUAUGGCGGAUUUCACGACAGUCACAGAGUGGUGUGCUGGCUGUGGGAUAUCUUGGAAAAAGAUUUUACGGAAGAAGAAAGAGGCUUAUUUUUAAAGUUCGUGACAAGUUGCUCAAAGUCGCCUUUGCUGGGUUUCGCUCAUUUAGAGCCGCCUUUCUCCAUACGAUGCGUGGAAGUCUGCGAUGAUGAGGACACCGGCGACACAAUUGGCAGCGUGAUCAGAGGUUUCUUCACAAUUCGCAAAAAGGAUCCACAGAACCGACUGCCCACCUCGUCCACUUGUUUCAAUCUGCUUAAACUGCCAAAUUAUCAAAAGAAGAGCACUUUGCGAGAAAAGUUGCGCUAUGCUGUCACCAGCAACACCGGUUUCGAACUCUCCUAAGUCUUACCAGUUGCAACUUUACCCUUCAGAUAUGGAAAAGAGACGAAUGAAUUUAUCGAAAUAUCGUGCGUAUUUUUGAAAUGAGAUGAAUUUUAGUUGACGAUGGGAUACAUGUGAGAUUCCGCAAGAUUCGAAAAGUUGACUGAUAUGACUGAUACCUCAAAAAAACCGAUUCUGUAUAGUGAUGUUGAGUGAUGCCUAAACUGCUCCCUUAUUCCCAUUCGAAGCAUAAUUUAUAAUUCGCCCGAUUAAACGCGUUAUCGAUUUAGACAUUGAUUUUCAGAUGACGCUAAUUUUAAGAAAAACAUUACGAUCCAAAGACGAUAUUGCGUUAUUCGAAAAUGGGUGAGAUAUCGUGAACGUGAGAAAAUGUACAAUAUAAGAAUACAUAAUAUUGAAAGAUAAUUGUUAGGCGUAUACAUAUAUAUUUAAAUGAAUUCUUGGUGAGAGCUAAAUAUUUUAGGGUAAAAUCUACAUUCACGAUGUUCGUUUUCGCGGUACAUAUACAUAGACACACAUUACCGAUGCGAAAUAAUACACCGUACCUCAUGAGCUUAAUUAUCGCUGAGAUAAUCGUGCGCUUGUUAAUGGAUAGAAUCGUUGAUCACCAUUACAUUAAGAUCAGGAGUGACGGACAUUUAAGUUAUAUAUAUUUCGACAUGGAUAACAUUUAUCAUGAAUUAUUCCACUUAUUAGUGGACAUAGUCUAACUAAAAUUCAAAAAUUGAAUCAGUAAGUAAAGAAAGAGCUUAUCUGUACAUAGUUGUGAUCUCGAAAAUGUGAUAUUUUAUAAAAUUAUAAAGUAAAUAUUAAAUUAUUACUUAAUCAUUUAUUAUCACUUUUCAAUUUUUAUAAGCUUCGAGAUUUAUAGAAAAGCACUAAAAAAAAGGUUUUAUCUAAAUGGGUUCUAAAUCGCGAGCGUGAGUAUAUUUUCGAGUGGAAACGAUUGUUUUUUUACGUCUACAAAACUUUCAAAAAACUUGUCUCUUCAGCUUAUUGAUCCAAUUGAACAUAUAUAUUUCGAUGCAUAUUUUCAGAAAGGUUCGCCACUCCUGCAUUAAUAAAGGAACUUUUCCUAAGCUACGGGAUGCUGUGCUGUCGUCGACUCAUCGUGUAUGCGAAACGAGUGUCCGUGAGCAAUCAAAAAGAACGACUUGCAAGUUUCUAUAAACUUUUUCCAAUACGGAGAAAGAAAAAAUAAGCUGAGCAGAGGAGAUCCGCCAUCUAUUUUAAAAGCUAUUUUCUCAAGAUUUUUGUACGGACUAUUUGGCGCAGCGUGCCAUCAAAUCACAAUUUAGCAAGUGCAAUUCCCACGGACGCUCGCGGAUAAAAAAUCCCGAAGUUUUUAUUCCGAUCGAAGGAGAUUAUGACAGGAAUCUCAUCGUACUUUGCGCGGAAUAGAAAUUGAUAAGAGAAAAAAAGGACUUUUCGAACGACGUUAAGAGAUCAGAGAAAAAAAGAAAUGUUUUUUAAAUUUUGAAAUAAUACAUAUUUUUUCUUCUACUUAUCUUUUAAAAAUUUUAUCAUCUUCAUACAUAAAUAAAUGAGAGAAAGUUUUAAUAAAAAAACUAAACGUUAGAAUUUAGAACAACCAAAUAAACUUUAGAAUUGUAAAUUUAAAAAAUAAAAUUUAUAACUUCAUAGAAAAUGUAUACAUUUACGAUUUGAAAUUUUAUUCUUUUAUUAUAUUUUUAUACGUUUACUAAGACAAUUGUUAUCUAUGAGAAAUUCCAAUGACGAGCUAGAUUAUUUAAACAAUUGUAUCUUGUUCAAUUACAAUUUAAAAUAACUUGGCACAUUUGAGACUUUCGAUCGUGAUAUAAAUUUUCAAUAUUAAAAUCCAGAUUUCGCCGUAAUCGUAAAUACGUGCGAGAUAUUCAUACGUGUUUAUAAAUAUCAAGAAAAAAAGAAGAGGGCACAAAAGAACUACGAUAUGCUGCGUAAACAAAGCAUGCAAAACAAGUCUAAUAAUGUAACAUUGUUAUUUUCUUUCGGAAAAGAGAGACAAGCGUUCUUCUAAUAGAUUAAGAGAUGAUAAUGCGAGAGGCAGUGGAGGAGGAAUUUAAUGACAGACCAAAGAUAAAGGCGACAUUUCGAAAUGUAAUCUGCAUAUUUUCUUACGUGAUUCCGCGCGUGUUAUGAGCCCGCGAAUCUGCGCUCACACAAUCGAGACACAAAAACACACGUUAUUGAAUAAAUUUUGAAUAAUUACUUUCGAGAAUUAAAUUGAAAUUUAAUUAUGACUGAUAAUGUAAAGAUUAUUUCAUUUUGUAAUAGAUAUUAUAAUAUCACUGAUUUUGAUCGAACGUGCAAUAUAUAAUAAUGUUGUAAUUGUAUUCUGUUAUAUUUAUAUGCUAUUUAUUUACUUUCGAACUAUAUAUAUACAUAAAUAAAUUAGGCCUUAUUAUAUGUUUAUGCAAUAUUUAUAUAUCCAUAUAUGGAAUGUAUCUCUCAUUGGUACAAUAUUAAUGUUUAUUCUAUUCAGUUCUAGAGAUUUUGUAUGGGCACAGAAUUGGCGGUUGCGUAUAUUUAUUAAACCAGAGCAGCAAAUACUCCGGUUCAUAGGAACAAUAAGUUUAAGGAUAUUAAUGUGUAAGUAUAGAAGCUAAAAUUGACGUAUAUCGAACGAAAAGCUUGCGAUUGUAAGAUGAAUUUAUCUCCAUCUCGCAGUAACAUACGUGCGUUUGUGAAGUUUAAUUCUUCGUUUUAAAAAGAAGCGAUAUGAGGAUAGCUGUGACGUGAAUUUCUCUUACAAAUGCAAAGCGAACGAAGACAAAGGCAUUGUAUAUAUCACUCGCUUCGAUUAUGCAACGGCCGUUGCACACGUUCGUAUAUAAUCGAUGGUAAAUUAUUAAGAUUCUAUAAAAGAAGAUAAAGAUGCUGUAUAAGAACGAAAGAGAAAGAGAGAGAUCCGCUAAUUUCGUACGAUGAAGAUUGGCAACAAUCGUAAAAAUAUAUACACACGUCGUAAAAGUU